UCAUGACUGGCAGCCACACGGUCACCUAGCAGUUUGACGGGAUCGUCCUCCUGGUUGAUUGGGACUUUAGUUUGUGUUUGUGUUGUUUAAUCUGCUGGAGAAAGAGCAGACAGGACACCUGUCAGUGCCAGCGACAUGGACUCCAGCGUGGCCCAGGUCCAGAGGACGCAGAAGAAGACCAGCACCAUGUCUCUUACAAUCUCCUCCUCCUCCUCCUCCUCUCGGGAGCGCUCCUCUUCCUCUUCCUCCUCCUCCACGUUGCUCGCUCAGAGACACUCAAGCCUGGUGCAUCCGUUGUGUGUCAGCCCUCAGAGAACGCAGAGUCCUGUCUACAAUCAGCAGUACUCGGGGAAAGGAGUGGCUCCAACAUUUGUUAAGUGCCUCCAUGACAUGUCCACAGUGAAAGGUCAGCUGGUGGUCCUGGAGUGCCGGCUGAGGGGGACCCCUCCGCUGCAGGUCAUGUGGUACAGAGAAGACGAACAAAUACAGGACUCUGACGACUUUAGGAUAUUGCGCAAGAAAGGCAGCUCUGCAUCAGUGCCAGAGGAGCUGUGUACGCUGGUGAUCACCGAGGCUUUCCCCGAAGACUCCGGCCUGUUCAAGUGUGUGGUGCUCAACUCCUACGGCACGGUUUCCUGCUCAGCCACACUGGAAGUCUACAACGACCUAGAGGAGCAGCUGGAGGUCGAGGCAAUUCACCAGCAAGAAGCACUGUCUCUCAGUCAGGAAGACAGCGAGGCGGAGCAUCAUGAGGAGACUGCUUCCUUCAGGAGAAGCAUAGAGGAUUUGCCUCCCGUGUUACCCGACUGUAUGAACCUUCCCCCUCCGGAGUGGCCCGACAGCCCCUUAAAAGACAGCAUCCAUGGUGCAGAUCUCCCUGAGCCUGAACCUGCCAGCCGCUCCGAGGAGCCUUUAGGUCGCAGCGAGGAGGAAAGUGCUCUGAGCUCAGAGGGUCAAAGGUCACCAGACGUUCCUGUCGGGGUCUGCAAGCCGAGUUCCCCUCCUCCGCCGGCACAAGUCAAGGAGAAAACCCAAACGCCCAAGCUGUUCACACCAAGCAAGCUGAGCUUCACGUUCUCCCAGUCAGGAGGGAACAACAUGAACCUGUCGGACCUGCCCUCCUUCACCCCCGGCGCCUUCCCGCCCAGUGCCUUCAACUAUGAGCGGCCGAGGCACUUCAUCCAGUCGCAGGCGGCCUUCCAGGCGCCCAGCUAUGAGAGCGUGCUGAGGGAAGCCCAAGAGAAUCAGAACAACCAGCAGAACCUCAACAGUACCCAGAGCAGCACGAGCAUCACGGAGGGCCAGAUGAAGGCCAGUCACACUCAGUCGUUUUCUCCAGCUCAGUCCCUGUCCAGGUCUGUGUCCCAGACUCAGUCCCAGUUCCAGUCGCUAAGCCUGAGUCAGAACCAGACCAGGUCAGUGGCCCACGGUCAGAUCCAGACGCAGGCCAAUGGAACCGCCAAGUCCUCCCCCUCCUCAUCCAGCCUCAACUCUCCUACAUCCACCUCAGCUUCCUCUGCUGCGCCUCCUUUUUCUUCCAGCACCUCCCUGCUCCCUCCUUCUACCUCAUCGUCCUCGCUGCCCCGCGCCACCAUGCGCUCCACCAUCACCCUCACCCCCACCCCCAGGGUCCCCAGCGCCUCCGGCCUUGGCAGUGCCAGCCUGCCCGCCAACCAGGACAACCUGUCUGCUUCUGCUGCCUACCUAUGCUCUGUCCUGCCCUCCUCGUUCUCCUCCAAACUGUCUCCCAGCUCCAACCUCCCCUACCCCUCCACCUCCCCUUCCUGCUCCCCGCUGGCGCCCUCCAGUCCUCUCCUCCCUAUGAGGACCUCUGCUUCCACAUCCUCCCUUCCUCAGCAGCCCCUCCCAGUGUCUCCCUCCCUCCCUCACUGUCCUUCCUCAUCCUCCCUCCCCCAGAUGAACAAUCAGAGCAGGGUUCAGCCCACCGUGGUCUCCCUGCCUGCUGGCUACAAGGGGACGCCAAACACCCUUCCUAAGCCCAUCUUGAAGAAAUCCGUAGCUCCUCGGCCAUCCUCCUCCCGCUCCACAGACGAAGACAUCCAGGGCUCUAAGGACGCCUUGAUUCAGGAUCUGGAGAAGAAGCUUCGCUCCAAGGAAGCCAGGAGGAGACACAGCCAGAAACUGUCGUAUGAGGAGCGAAUGGCUCGCAGGCUGCUGGGUCCAGACAAUGCUACAUAUAUGUUGGACCAAGACAAUCUCUCUGACUUACAGCUUGACCAGUCAGACUCUCCAGAAGGAAGACGAACAGGUGGACUGUGGGGGAGGCACCACUCGGGGACAGAUGAGAGGACUAACGAGGGAUCAGCGAUCCAGGAGAAAUGUUUCGCUCCUCGCUUCCUUCAGAUCCCCCCUGACCUCACAGUUGAAGAGGGACGCUUCUGCAGGAUCGACUUCAAGGUCAGCGGGCUCCCGGCCCCAGACAUCUCCUGGUACCUGGACGGCAAGGCUAUCCGCCCAGACGAUUACCAUAAAAUGCUGGUGUGUGAGAAAGGGAUGCAUUCGUUCAUCAUAGAGAUCGUCACGGUGCAUCAUGCCGGUGUGUACGAGUGUGUGGCCAAGAACCGAGCUGGAGAGGGCAAGUUUACCAUGAGGUUGGACGUCAUAGCUCAGGAAGCCCUCCGCCCUCCCACCUUUGUCCAAAAGAUGUUGAACACCAGAGCUCUGGAAGGAGACACCAUUCGGUUAGAAUGUAAAGUCGAUGCUUCUCCUCCUCCACAGCUUUUCUGGAAGAAGGACAAAGACAUGCUGCGCAUCGACCCCAAUAGAAUGAGUCUGUACCAGGACGGCUCGGGUCGUCAGUGCCUGCUGAUUGAUAGAGUGACCAAGUCCGACUCUGGCUGGUACACGCUGUCGGCCAUUAAUGAAGCCGGCAUGUCCACAUGCAACGCCAGGCUGGACGUUGGCACUCGCACAACACCAGCCUUGAAAAUGGCUCCUCCUGCCUCCAAGACCCUGAAGCUGCUGUCGUCUCUGAGCCACCUUCCUGCCCUGACGGUGGAGAGCCCCGCUCAGCACACGGCUCCACUGUACGAGAGUGAAGAGCUGUAGAGCUAAAUGCCUUCAGUCACACCUGCACAACUGGACCAGAACCUCUGGAGCCAGAUCAGCAUCAGACAAGACUGACCUUUUUUUUUUUUUUUUAAUUUCUGAACUUCUCCACACGUUUUCUUAUUGUUGGAUUUGCCUGACAUUAGAGACUCCAUCAAAGCAACUUUGAGGAAAAAGUUGCUUGAAUUCAGCUCUCAUAAUCAGCUGCUGUUUGUUUGUGAACCAGCUUUUAGUUUCUGUCCUGUCUGCUCUCAGCAGAAUGCAGCUUCUGGGUCGGUAUUAUUAGAACUCUGCAGGGUUGGCAUGCAGCUCCAGCUCUGCAGCCCAGCCUCGGUGCUGCUUUCCUGAGCGCUGCCAUGGCAACGUGUUUUACAGAGCACAUGUGCAGUUUGUUUCUAGAAACAGCAUUGUUCUGUGUAAAGGUGUAUUUUAAAGGCAGGUGGAGUCCAGAACAUAGAUCACUUGUUUCAUCCUAAUUAAUCCUUGCUUUGGAGCGAGAGUUAGAAACCAAAAAGUUCAACCUUUCUUUCUGCAACGGUGCACUUUAAACUCCACAAACAUUUGCUCUACCGUUUUAGUCCCAGAAAUCUGAGUUCUCCAAGUUCAGCUGCUUCUAAGAUGUUUAGGGGAAAAAAACUGACAUUUGCUGCUUUUGUCUCGUACUGAUUUUAUUUCUGUAUUUUUUUGAAUGUGGCUUUUUUAUUUAAAUUUGAGAAGUAUUGUCUUGGCUGAAUUAAUAAAAAGGCUGCUAUUCUGAUACCCAAACUGC